AUGAUUGAAAAUUGGAGAAAAGAGACUCGAGCAAAUGAUGUUGUGAUAUUGGAGCAUGAGAUUGAUAGGUACAUCACCGACCCUAUUGAAGAUGCGGUUGAUGAAUUUGAUGUUUUGAAGUGGUGGAAAUUAAAUGGGGUUAAGUAUCCGGGGUUGGCACUUAUUGCAAAGGAUGUGCUUGCCAUCCCGGUAUCAACGGUGGCUUCAGAAUCAUGCUUUAGCACGAGUGGUCGGGUAGUUAAUUCAUUUCGUGCUUUUUUUACUCCUAAGAUUGUGGAGGCCAUAAUUUGCUCUCAAAAUUGGUUAAGGUCGGAUGACAUAUCCUCUUUACAAUAUGAGCCAACAAUUCAAGAGACGGAGUUCUAUGAAUCGAUUGAAUUAGGGAUGUCUUUAUAUUAUGAGUUCAUCCACACCUACCAAACGAGCCUUCCGACGGAAAAAGACCCCAACACCAAUAAGAUUGGAGAAGGUGGUUUUGGUUCUGUUUACAAGGGCCUUCUAUCAGAUGGCACCGUAAUUGCUGUCAAGCAGCUUUCUUCCAAAUCAAAGCAAGGGAAUCGUGAAUUUGUGAAUGAGAUAGGCAUGAUUUCUGCUCUGCAACACCCUCAUCUUGUCAAGCUUCACGGAUGCUGUAUUGAAGGAAAUCAACUAUUGCUUGUCUAUGAGUACAUGGAAAAUAAUAGCCUUGCUCGUGCUUUGUUUGGGCCAGAAGAAAGUCGGUUGAAGUUGGAUUGGCCAACAAGGCACAAGAUCUGUGUUGGUAUAGCUAGAGGUUUGGCUUACCUCCACGAGGAAUCAAGAUUGAAGGUCGUUCAUAGAGACAUCAAGGCUACUAAUGUGCUGCUUGAUAAAAAUCUUACCCCAAAGAUAUCUGACUUUGGAUUGGCCAAGCUUGAUGAAGAGGAUAAUACACACAUUAGCACCCGUAUUGCUGGAACUUAUGGAUAUAUGGCGCCUGAAUAUGCAAUGCGGGGUUAUCUGACUGAUAAAGCAGAUGCUUAUAGCUUUGGAAUUCGUGUAUUGGAAAUUGCUAGUGGGAGGAACAACACCACUUGCAGAGGAAAGGAAAAAAGCUUUUAUCUUCUUGAUUUGGCACAACUACUAAAAGGGCAAGGGAAUUUGUUGGACCUAGUGGAUCCAAGGUUGCGCUCAGACUUCAACAAAGAAGAGAUGAUGCUUACAAUCAAUGUGGCUCUCCUCUGCUGCAAUGUCACUUCAACAGUUAGGCCUACCAUGUCUUCAGUUGUGAGCAUGCUUGAAGGCAGGGCUGCUGUUCAGGAAUUGGUCUCAGAUCCAAAUGCCUCAAGUAAUGAGAUCGAAGCAAUGAGGAAACAUUUUCAAUCCAGUUUCGGAAGGAACACCGGCGAGAGCCAGACACAAACUGCGUCAACUGAAGGGCCCUGGACCGGUUCGUCUACAUCUGCUCAUGAUCUCUAUCCAGUCAAGCCUGAUUCAACUUACUGGGACAACAGAAAAUAG